GUAAACGUACACUCAGGCUUCCCGUUCGCUGUCCCUGUUGUGUACUACGAUGCGUUGCCAUGGUUUCGUCCCACGCUUUGCUACGACUCGAGUGAAAUUGUAUUGGGAAGUAUGCCGCUUUUCAGUAAAAACAACGAGAAAGACUUGGCAGUUAUUAGCAGGAAAAUUGCUGAGAUGAAAAAGAAGAUCCAGUUAUCAGAGGGACAACGUAAGGCUCAUUUUGAAGAAUGUGAUGCAGAAAAGAAACAAAACAUAGAGAAGAUUGUUCAGCUUAAGAAGGAAAUCAAAGAAAUGUAUCUUGAAAGAGGAAAACCAGGACAGUGUGAUGAACUUCCUGUGAAGUCUAACUAUAGAAAUGCCAAGGGAGUGUACGUCUUAAGGAGAAAGAAGAAUUAUGAAGUUGCUGGAAUACUUGAUGACAGAAUUUGCGGCCUGAAGAAGAAGCUGGACGUGCUACGACACCAAUCGAGGGUGGCACAAAGACGAAUGAAAAAACUCGCAAGUGAGUAUCAAGAGCUACUUCAGAGUGUUUUUUCUACGCAAAGAAAAGAUUUGGGUGAUAAUUUGUCGUCAAAGCAAGUAUGCUCGCUAGAGAACCAGAUACAUCGUGUGGAGAUGAACAUGAUGGAAGCAGAGCAUGUGAAAAAGAAGUACCGUUCUAUUCGAACGAGUCUCCUUGAUGACAGCGUUGAGUUUGAGAGCACACUGAAAAGACUGGAAAACAUGAUACAAAAGCAACAAGCGGAAAUAAAUCAUCUACAGGAGAUAAACAAAGAGGCAAUGGAUCUCCGAGACAUGACAAAAGGGACGCUGGUGAAACAAGAAACGAUAGCUCUGAACGCUGGGAAACUCAGGGAGAGACAGCUCCAGGAAUUCAGGUUGCAGGUAGAGGAACGACGUUUGGAGCUAGAGCGCUUAGAAAGACGAAUUUUUCCUACGAGUCGCCCUAUGGUACAUCAAGACUCAACGAGUUCAAACGAUGCUGCUCAGACGAUGGCCGAAGAGACGGCAGCUGCAGCGGCGACGGAUUUCCUUGAAAAUGCGUUUGCCAAACUGAAGGAAGCAACAGGAGAAUCGGAGACUGAGGAAGUUCUACACCGGUUUCUGUCGCAGAGAGAAACAAUGUCUCGCCUCACGUACCUGAAAAACAUCACCGAAGAAGAGAAAAGGGACUUGGAAAUAAAAAAGGAUUUUAUGAUGGCUGAACUGGAAGCAUUUAAGUUCGCAGAAGUCAAGGACAAGGAACAGAAUAUGGAAGAAGUUGAGAAUCUCAAACAGUUAAUAGAGAUGCAGAACAAAAGAAAAGAAAAAUUAGAUGAGCAAAUAAAAAGGAUAACUCAGCAACUACUUGAAAUAAAUGAAAUACUGUUCGGGUUUUGUCUGAAGCUUCAGGAUCCAGGAAGUCCUGCAUGGAGGGACUCAGUCACUGUUAGCUGCAAAGACAACUGCUGGGUCAAGACUGAUGGAAGACUUUAG